UGCAGUGGCUUAAACCCUGAGAAGACUAAGUUAGGAGAUGUGGUUGUCUCUGCGAAACUAACAACUUAUGCAUCCAAGAUAGUAACAAGCUGUGGAGAGCAAUCAACAGGCAUGAGAAGUUAUGUGAGUAGAAAUUUUCUUGACCUGAUCAAAUGUGCAGACCAUGGAUGGAAGGCACCUUUAAAAAACCCAGAAGCUCUAGACAUCAACGUACAUUGUGAUGGAGAGUUUUUGAGUGGUCCAGAGCUGAUCAGUGCUGAAUGGCGACGGGACGAACUGGCUAAGUCCUAUCCACUGGCAACUGCAAUUGAAAUGGAGGGUGAAGGUAUAUUUGAUCCUGCAAUCGAUGAGCAGAUUGAUUGGCUGGUAGUAAAGGGAAUUGCCGAUUUUGCAGAUAGCAGAGACUGCACAUCAGAGAACUGGAGACCUUUUGCAAGUGUGAUGGCUGCUUCAGUUGUUGCAAAUAUUUUAAGCGAUUCUGUUGUGUUUCGGGGAUGGCCUCAUAAAGGUGGAAAGAGGACGUCAUCAAGCGAGUCACUGGACCAGGACAAAAAGCGUACAAAGCUGGAAGGUAUUUAUGGCACGGACUUUAGUUUAUAAUUUCUAUACUUUAUA